AUGUCAUCCCGAGGGCAGCCACGGUACCGCUACGUACCGGUGGAACUCACGCACAUUGAACAUGCAGGCGACAACAGUGGAGCGAGCCUCAGUUUUUCCGAUAAUCUACAGAAGUGGCAGGCAUUUGGCCUCAACACGAGUGCCAUUUGUGGGUCCUCAUCAGCCGCUCUGCCUCUUCAGAGCGCCGCACGAUGUGUGCAUCACCACCUGGUGGAGGACGCGGAGGGGGAAGAGAAUGAGGGAAGUGUUGGGGCUGCCGUGGAAAAGGAUGGUGGGACGCAAAAGGAACAGAAAAAUAUGGAUGGAGGUUCUGUAUCCGCCAUCCAUAGGCAGCUGCUGGAGUUGUCGUCACGUGUUGGGCAGGUAGCGACGGAAUCCAAAUGCUUGCCCCCCGCACAAAGAGAAAAGCGUGGCAAAAGUAGCAACGGCAGCAAGAAAAAAAAUUCUGCAAGUGGGAGUGGUGGUGCGGCUUCCGCUUCCGAAGGAAAACAUUCCAGAGAAUAUGGAGAUGAGUUGGAAGAAAAACGUGCACUUAAGCGGAGUGCCGCGUCCGGUCACAACGGCGUCUUCACCGAAGUGGAAACUAGUGGCGUGCACCUGCGAGAAGAGAGGGGAGGAGAGAAGAAGAAGAAGAAGAAUGAGAAGCCAAACGCCCGAAGAUCUCGUGCCUCAGAUGUUCAAAAAAAUGCGUCUAAAUUGCCACAGCGACAAGCAUUGUUUACGAUGCCUCCUGCUCCGGAGCCAAAUUCAAGGCCGGCCGAGUUAGUGGCUUUCAAGGAGGUAGACGAUAGCACGUCACUUUUUGAGGAUUUGCAGAAGACACUGGGGGAUCCGGAUCUCAUUCAAGCCCCGACACUUUUUGUGGCCUUUAUCGUACAUGAAGGAGAGACAAACUUCUCCAUUUCCGCAAAGACACAUGGGAAAGUUCACUUUGUGCGGAAGACCAACCCGGAGAUGAGUCAUCUAUCAGUACAAUUCUUUGUCCUUCGCUGGAAAGAUGAUGUGUUCGUUCUGCAUGCUUCCACUGCUCUUUCUUUUCUGGUGCGUGUCCUGGAAGAACUUUCUGGUGUUGAAAUAGUGACGUUUAAUGCCCCGUCACUGCUACUCCUACUUCUCUCCUACAAGCAGGGGAAUCUUUUUACCUUGUGCGUCUCAGACAUUCGUCUCAUGUCGUGGAUGCUGCAGCCCUCGGCGGGCGCGGAUGCAUUCACCGACUAUGACGUUUUGCUUCAGUCUUGUCAGCAGCAAAUUGGUCUUGCCGCGGGAUUCAGAAACAUGGAGAAUUGCACUGUGAAGGAAAUCGUUUGCCACCGGGUGUAUUACAUGGCACCUCUGUACCGUUUACUUUACGGUCAACUUGGCACACAGGGCCUUCUGCCGGCAUUCCUUAAACAAGAAAAGCGCAUCUCACUUCUCUGCGCCGCAAUGAAACUGAAUGGCUUUCCUGUCAAAUUGUCGGAGGUGGAAGGAUUCAAGACGCGUUGCAUCGCCAGGAUGGAGGAGCUCCGCAUUGCCGCCCAGAAGCUGGUUCCAUCAAUGCCAGAGUUUAAUAUGCAGAACCUGGAGGAGUGCAGGAUGGCAAUUUACGAGGUUCUUCAACUAGGCACACACCUGACCCAUGCUAGGAACGAUGGAACGGACAGUUGCUCCCUCACCGUUACAAAAAGUGGGAAACUCUCAACAUCGGAGGAAACACUGAAGCUUUUGGCACCACACCAUGAGCUGCCACGCCUGCUGAUUGCAUACCGUAAAACGGCGAAGCUGCUUCAAACAUACACAGUGGGCAUGAUGGAAACGGCUUUUCCUUUCAAAGGCAAUGACAGUGAGUUUACAGACAAUCGCAUUGGGGAGUGCAGUGACAAAAAGGACGAUACUCCCGUCAAGUGGGUCACAUUACAUCCAAACUUUGUUCAAGAGGGCACUGACACGGGACGGCUCUCAUGUGUGGAGCCAAACCUACAGAAUCUUCCACGUUCCAAGGUAAUUGCCGACAAUGAUAACAGUGAACCAUACGAAGCCGAAAUGGCCACUUUUCGCCGUUGUUUUGCUGUGCCUAUAGGGUUGACGUUGUUGUCUGUGGAUUAUGAACAGAUUGAGUUGCGAGUUGUGGCGCAUUUGUCUGCAGACACAGCACUUGUCGAUGCGAUGACGAAUGCAACGGAUGUUCACCGUAACAUUGCUGAGAACAUCUUCCGGAAGUCACCUGUAAGCGUUGAGGAACGAACACUCGCAAAGCGGGUUGUCUUUGGCAUGCUGUACGGCGCUGGACCUCGAACGCUAGCGACGCAAAUGGGAGUGCCUAUGGAACGGGCACUACAUGUGAUGUCACUCUUCAAGGCCUCUUACCCACAGAUUGAACGAUAUCAACGCCGCGUGAUUGAUCAGUGUCGUACCGAUGGCUUUGUGCGCACGAUGACUGGCCGUAUCCGCUCACUCCCUGACAUCAAUGACCGAGUCAUGGCAAAGCGAAUGUAUGCGGAAAGACAGGCGUUCAAUUCCGUUAUUCAAGGAAGCGCUGCGGAUGUCAUGAAGCUUGGGAUGCUGGCCGUGGAACGUGAUGUAUUGCAGUUGUACAACGGAGACGUGCGCCUUUUGGCGCAGAUUCACGACGAGAUUGUUCUCUCUGUCCCAACGCACAAGCUGCGAGAGGUGGUGCCACUCGUGUCACGGAGCAUGAUGCACGCCGUCUCAUUGCUCGUUCCGCUCCGUGUGACUGUGAGGAUUGGACAAUCACUUGGAGAACUGGAGGACUGGACGGUGGAUCAUGAACUGGGCAUCCGCUAG